AUGUUAACCCAAAAAAUUUGGAAGUGUGUUUUUGUUGAAUGGCUUCAUGAUCGGGAUCGGCACGCCACUUGUACCCUACAUACCCACUUCCGUUCCAAUGAAAAAAAUGAUAUGGCGGAUAAACAGUCAGUGCAGUCUACAACAAUGCUAGGGAAUCUAGACCAUAAUGCUGCACAACCAACCAUAGAUGAGUUGAAACCUGAUUACAUUGAGGAAAGAUUUCGCGUAGAUCGCAAAAAACUGGAGCAGAUGCUUCAAGGAUCAGCUGAAAGUGAUGAGAAUGCAGAGGUGUUUUUCCAAAGGGUUAUGGGUGAAAGCAAGACACAAAUCACUUGGCCUUCAAAGUUAAAAAUUGGUGCAAAGUCAAAAAAAGAUCCUCAUAUCAAAAUCAUUGGACUCACAGAAGAUGUGAAAAAUGCAAAAGAUCAAAUUUUGUCAAUACUUGAUACAAAGAUAAACAGAGUGACACUGAAGAUGGAUGUGUCUUAUACUGAUCACUCACAUGUUAUUGGCAAAGGAGGCAACAAUAUAAAGAAAGUCAUGCAACAGACCGGAUGUCACAUUCAUUUUCCAGAUUCAAACAGGGGUAACAGUAUCCAAGAGAAAAGCAAUCAGGUAUCUAUAGCUGGUGAACCAGUGGGAGUGGAGAUUGCAAGAGCUCAGAUAAGGGAACUACUUCCCAUAGUUUAUAUGUUCGAAUUACCAAUCACUGGAACACUUUGUCCUCUACCUGAUGUUAACUCAGCUGAAAUUCAGAAACUACAGCAACAAUAUAACAUCUCUGUCAAUUUCCGUCAACGACCUCGAAUGUAUGUUUCCACUGUGAUUGUCCGUGGAUCUGUAUAUAAUGCUGAUGCAGUGAGGGAGGGUAUAGCAAAAUUAAUGGAACUUCUCACUGGAAAUUCAACGGUAAAAUUUGCCGUAAGUAUGCAGUUGGAAAUUGCACCGCAACACCACCUUUUCAUAAUUGGAAGAAGUGGUAUGAACAUUAAACAAAUUAUGCAAAGAACAGGUGCCAAUAUUCACUUCCCUGACCCCACUACAUCUACUCCUCAAAGAAAAGGAACAAUUUAUAUCACGGGAAACAUUGAAAGUGUUUUCCAGGCCCGGCAGCAUCUCAUUGGAUGUUUACCAUUGGUUCUCAUGUUUGAUGUAAAAAAUGAAAUUGAGAUAGAACAAGUCCAGAUAACUCGCUUGAUGGAACAAUUAGAUGUUUUCAUUAGUGUCAAACCAAAACCAAAGCAACCAAACAAGUCUGUGAUAGUAAAAAGUAUUGAGCGAAAUGCUGCUAAUAUGUAUCUGGCACGUUUACACCUGCUUGGAUUAAAGAAAGAUGACAAAAUUUUUCCUGCCAACUGUGAUAAGAAAUCCAUAGAAACGAAGCUUUUAGCAUGUGACGAAAGAGUUCCAUCAUCGAACCUAGAGCAUGAGAGUUCUGUUAAGGAGAGAACUUGCCAUGAUGGUACUCUUGGAAACAGUCCAAAGGGAUUUGGAAGGAGUCAAUCUGCAGUGGAAUUAUCCUCACUCAGCCAGAUGCAAAGUACACAUCAGCAAGGUAUUCCUUCCUUAGGUGAUUCUUGUGGCACUGCUGGUCUUUCAGAGAGAGAAAGUUCCUUGUUGUCAGCUAAUUUGAUGAGCGGGAGUCAUUCUCUGGAGAGCAGUCUCAGUAGGAGUUGUACUUUCCCACAAGACACAGAUGUAGCAAAGACCAUGGAGGAGAAUGAUUGCACUGGAAGUGAAGUUGAACUUCAACAUCUGCAGAAUGAAAUUCAAAAGUUGCAAAAUCUACAGGAAAUUCAGAAGCUUACUACUGGAAUAAAUAUAGAGAAUCUAAGUGCAAUAGAUAUGGAAAAUUUGCAUCAAAAUUUGUUUCAACUAAGGGCAGCCAAUGAGGCAGGUCUCAUCGGAAAUUCCUAUAGCCUUGUUGAAGAUUACGAACACAAAAAACUAAUGGCAACAAAAGCUAUGCAGAAGAAGCCUGAUGGUGAAACAAGAAAUCCAACAGACAUUUGGUCUGGAAUGGGCUUUUCAAAGUCAAUGCCUGAAUCUGUCAUUCGUGAGCGAAUGCAAAGAAUUCAAGGUGUUUUGGCCUAUUGUGAACCCACAAUGGAAACUACCUAUGAGAAUCCAAAUGAAUCUGAGGAACUGGACCUUGAUUCCUGGAAUGAUACAAGUGUUGCCACAAUUAACAAACCAAUGAACCUGGCUCCUGGAGAAUUUCCAAGCCCACGUAAAAAAUGUGACUACAAUGACUAUCUUAGCAGCAGUAACCAUGUGGACAGUGCUACCCUUCCACCGGCAGCCAGUUUUUGGGACACUGACCAUGCUGACCUUCCAGAACUUUUCAGCAAACUUGGCCUUGGAAAAUAUAGUGAUCUUUUCAGACAACAGGAGAUUGACUUAGCCACCUUUCUGACAUUAACCGAGAAAGAUUUGAGGGAAUUGGGAAUUACAACUUUUGGUGCUAGAAGAAAAAUGCUCCUAGCCAUUGCAGAUUUAAACAAAAGGAGGAGUCUACUGGCAACAGAAAAAGGGGUAGAAAAUGUGACCACUGAUAGAGGUUUUACUGAUAAUGGAACAACCACAAAUCUGAGGAUGGACUCUCAGUCCUCCACUGGUUCACAUAUGUUGGAGCAUCUGUCCUCCAGCUUAGGAAAUGGUCCAUUUAGUCAUCCAAGGUCCCUUAUGAGCAGCUAUACCUCACCACUUAACCAUGGAGGGAGAUAUCCCUUGAAAGGCCAGUUUCUUAGUCAUAGUGCCCGACUAAGUGAGUCAAGAAAUACAAGUCAGAAUGCUCACGUGAUGAGAGGAUCUGGACUAAGUGGAAGCUUUAAUUACACAUCUGUGGACAGCUUAUUUCCAGGUGAUAGAUUGGUUAAGGCUCCUCCAGGAUUUCCGCCAAGAAAAAUUAGCCUCAAUCAAAGUGCUAGUGGCAAUCUAUUUGCCUCUUCUGAGCUGUAUUCUCAUCAGAUUGAUUUUAAUACACACAGAGAUGCUAGUUCUCAAAAUUUUCAGCCAGAUUGUGUAAAUUUGAGUGGAAGAUGGUAGAAUCAUUGAGGGGAAAAAUGUUGGUCUUAAUCUAACUUUUCAUGUAUGUAUACUUAUUGCAAGGUCAUUCCAUGCAAUCAUACUUGUACAAUACAUAUUUACAGUUAUAAAUUAAUCUCACUGGAGACAAAAUCAUGCAACUAAGGAUGAAAGGUUUAUCAAAUUCAUGGCCACUGCAUCUAAAUACCUCUUUGCAUGACAUGUUGUUCAUGUUUGAAGUGUAAAGGGAAAUUUUUCUCAGAUACAUGUUUAAAGCAUAGAGCAAAAUUUAUAUUUAUCAACAAUCGCAAGGAAAAUAAUUUUUUAGGAAAUGAAAAUUCAAGUAUGUGCAAACUUUAAAUCUGAAUGACUUAGAAGGGAAUGGUCAUGAUUUGCUGACCCUAAUUUUUUGUUUUUCUAUUUUAUUAUUUACUUACCAAUAGUUAUUCUCAGUGGUUUUCCAUUUUGAAUGUUUUUUGUCAGUUAAAAGUUAAAUAUCAUAUCACCCAGGAUUGAUACAAUAUUAUAUUAUACAGGAUGUAUUAUAUGAUUCAUUAGCAUUUCUUAUAAUAUGAAACAAUGUCACAUUGUACAACGAGAUGCAAUCUAAUAUCGUAUAAUUAGGAAAUCACACCAUAUUGUAUUAUAUUCAAUGUUGUAUUAUAUUACAUGAUACAUUUUUAAAACACAUAUAAAUAGUGCCUAUUUGGGAGGGUAACUGUUAAAAUUGUCACCUAGAGAAAUUCAUUGUCAACCGACGCGAAGGAGAGGUUGACAAUGGUUUUCGAGGGGUGUCAAUUUCAACAGUUACCCUCCCAAACAGGCACUAUUUAUUUUAUUAUACUGAAUGUCUUUUUUUUUAAAGAAAAUUUUACUGCUUUUAUAUAGAAAUGAAGUGAAUUCUACGGCUAACCGUAUGCGUAUAAUUUACGCGCAUGUAACAAUUCGUUGUGUUACCCAUUGCCAAGUGUGUUGCUAAUGCUAAGGGUAAUAGAACAGAUUACCAACUGCAUUUAAACCAAUCAGAUUUCAGUAUUUAACAUGAAAGUAUAAUAAAAUACAAUAUUACAUUUUUUGAAACAAUUAUGCCUUCUAUUAAAUUAUGCAGUAUAGAAUCAAAUGAUACAGUAUUGAAUUAUAUGAUGCAACAUUGUAAUGUAUGAUAGAAUAAAGUUCUAACAUUUGAUACAGUAUUAUACCAUAUUCUACAAUUCAUUAUCCUGUGGUAUCACUUGAUUCAAUAUUGUUUCAUAAAUAAAGAUAUUGUAUUAUAUGAUAUAAUUUAGCAUUUGAAAUGCAUUUGUUUAGCAAUUUAAUCAGACAGGAUGUGGAGUAAAAUUAUUUUUAUGCUUCGAAGAAUGGAGGGCAUACUGCUUUGCUGCUGUCUGUCAGUCGGUCUGUCCACCAAUAGCUUCUGUUCAUUUUCUUCGCAGAGGUUGCACGUAUUGCAAUGAAAUUUGGUGUACAGAUUUAUCAUAGAAAUAUCUAGGUCAAAUUCUAUCAAAACAAAACAAAUACAAUCAAGCCAUUUUCAACAGAGUUAUGUUCCUUGGACUUAAAAAAUUCAAAUUAUCUAGGUCAAAUUCGAAUUUGGGUACGAUCAAGCCAUUUCCGACAGAGUUAUGCCCCUUGGACUUAGUAAAAUUCCAAUUAUUUGCAGUUUCCAUCCAUUUUCUUCCUAGAUGUUACCAAAGGAGGGGGGCGUAAGUGUUUCACAAACAUCUAGCUCUUUUUAAUUUUGUUUUGCACAAAUCAUGACCACCACCCCCCCCCCCCCCCCUGUACAUGUUGUUAUCCACAGGUACCUGCAUUUGAUGUUACCUUGUGAGGUAUUCUUUGAAACUUCAAACCAAUAAAUGUCAGUUCUACUUUCAGUUCUUAUAGUGAGUUCAAAAACUCAAGUGUCCACUAAAUUUCAAAAUUAUUUGUCCUUUUCAUUUAAAUGUGUUGUUGUUUAUUUAAUUCCUUUACUUAUAUACAUUUGAUAUCAAAACAUUUUAACAUGUUUACAAGAUGGCCAACUGACCUUUAUAAAUUGUACAGGCUGUACAAUAUUGACUUUGUAAAUUUGAUUCAGCAACAUAUUUUUAAAUAUGUAUGUAAUUUCACUUGUAUAUGAUAUACAUCAGUUAUUUUCAUGAUAAAAAAGUAAACUGGUAAAUUUAUAUACUGUAUGUAAAACUCCUAUUAUUGAAUAUUGAGCAUUUUGAAUAGAUGUAAUUUGAGUAUGCAAAGAUAUUUUUUAAUGAGCUUGUAAAUUGUGAAGAAAGUAAUCUCAGCUUCUUUAGUUUGAAUUGACAAGCAAUUGUGUAAGAUAUAUGUUUAUUUGUACCUAUUUUUUUAUUAUAAUUUUUUUUAUCCUCACAUAUUUUUAUUGCAAAGGGAUUUGCUUGAUUUUUCAGGAUCUUUUUAUCAUCUAAUCUCAGAAUAUAUAUGACACUUCUUCCUUUUGGAAUUUUUGUAAAAAAAAAAAAUAAUGUGCAAAUAGUAGCUUCAAUUAGAUUUACAUUUAAGCUACUAAUAUCGAAACUAAACAGUCUCCAAAUACUAUUUACAUAUCUCAAACUUUAUUUUUAUUACAUAAUUGAUUUAUAAUUAUAACAUAAGGAAUGUGUAGAAAGAUAUUUACAGUAUUUCAGUAAUCUGGAAGUCAUGACAAUCACUUUUGCUUUGACAUUUUUUUUCUGUUAGUGGAGGUGACACAUGGACGCAGAUUUUUGCAAUUCAAUGGCCUUAUGGUGAAGUUUGUACCUAGAACAUCCACAUUUUGUGGAAAUAUGAAAAUAUUUCAAAAGGUCUGACCCGUCUCAGUAAAUCCUUUCUCUUAAUUACAAUGUGACAAUGUUACAACUGGAAAUUUUAGUUUUCAUUUUAAAUCCUCAAUUCAAGAAUGUAAGUUUCUAAAAGAAAACAAAAUGUUUGACAGUUUUGAUUGCCCUGUAAGUAAAUCUAAAUUAGGCUAGGCAAAUCAUUUGAGGAUUGACGAUUAAGUUUUAAUGUAAUAUUCAUCCACAUCUAGGACACCUAUUAUUCAGUCAGAAUGAGAUUGAUUAGUCAGUUAUUUCAUUGAAGAAAUGAAUCGUGUUUAUUUAGUUUAAGUAUGAUGAUCAAUACAUAGGACAUAUUUUUAGUUCAUCUGAGCAGAAAGCUCAAGUGGUGUUUUUUUUUUUUUUUUUAUCAAAAUUUGUCUUUUGUCUGUCAUCAAUGUCUGUGUUGUUAACUUUCAUUUUCAUCAUCUCCAAGUUUGGCCAAUUUUAACCGAACUUAACACACGGCAUUUUUGGGUGAAGAAGAUUCAAGUUUGUUCAAUUGAAAGACUAUGUACUCUUUCAAGGGGAGAUAAUCUUCUCAAAAGCCUUUGACCAGAAAAGCUGAAACCUGUGUAGAAGCUUUCUUAGGUAGUGUAGAUUCAAGUUUGUUUAAGAUAAAUUCUGUGUAAGCAUCAAAAUUCGGUGGCCACGCAUAGUCACAAAUUUUGUUCAUACUUGACAGUUUGAUAGACUUUGGUGAGUAAAAAAGCUUAACACCAUUUGUUUGUUGCUAUGUGGUCCUGUUGCCAGGGUAACCGAGGGUAAAGAUUUAAAAAAUGGCAUUUUAAUGCUUUAUAUUUGAGAACAUAUUGUGAGUAAUGUGCAGAAGUUGGGGUUUCCAGGGUAGAAUAUAUUAUUAAAAAUAGUUGUCAUUUUUUAAAAGAAAGAAAAAAAUUCACGGAGAAACGCAUAUUUUUAGUGCGUUUCCAUGGUUACUAAACAGAAAUUUUAAAAGCUGAUAUCAUCAUUAAAUUUGAAUAAAAAGUGCAAAUCUUGGAUUUUUUGGUAAACACUAUUAUGAUUGUGCAAUUAAGAAUUUUAAUAUGAAAAUUGGGAACUGUUGCUAUGGUAACAAGCUUAAAAAUAAAGGAAAAUUAUAAUAUUUUUAGGCAUCUUUGAAUGAAUAUUAUUCACUUAUAAUGAAUAAAUAUAUAAAAUCAAAUGGUGAGAAAAAAUCAAGUAUGUCCUUAACUUUAAUGACACUUGAAAAAAAUCUGAUUUUUUUAAAAAAUAACUGCCGUUGCUAUGGACUUUUCAGAAAGUAAGAAUUUCUGCGUGAUUUUUUACGCAACUUAAUUUUCCAUAGCAGCAAAUCUUCUCUGUUGCAUAACAAAGCUUUUUGUGGUAUAUAAUGAAAAUUUAGAUAUAUCUUUACUAGUUCCAACUAAAACAAUUGGAAAAAAAUUCUAAAAUCGAGAAUUAAAGCAUAUCAAAAUUAUCUUCAAUUUCUCAGUUUUUCCUUUUUUUUUUGCCUUGUUGCCAUAGCAACGAAUGUCAAUUUUCAUAAUAAAAUAUAUAUAGCAUUGACAUUGAUAUGGAUGUAAGAAUUUAACAGUUUCCCAUUUUGGCUUAUUAAAAAAUUGAUUUCAAAAAUUUGUAACGGUUUCCACGGUAACAUUUUAAAAGUAUUGGUUUCUCCAUCAAUUUUCUGAUAUAAUUAAAUAAUUGAAAAUAGGACAAAGGCUGUUUUAUCUCUUUGAUAGUUUACAUUAGUGGGCAAAACCUUCUAAUGUGGCUUCAAAGUAGGUAAGUUUUUUUUUUUUCCAUCUUUAGCCUUGAUUACUAUGGCAACGAUUACCCCUAGCAAUCAACUUUUAGUGGGUUUUUGCGUUUUACACCUAGGUGUGUCCAUGUAUGAAACAUAAGGGAAAUUGGUGACUAUGCGUGGCCAGACCCUUUUAUAAAGCUUUGAUUCUUACAUAGAUCUUAAAUCAUGAUUCCAAAAAUGGAAUAAAGCUUUUCUAAUUAGUUAUUGCUGUUGUUGUUCAGGUGAGUGAUGUGGUCCCUGGGCUUCUUGUUAUCGAAUACUGUAAACCUAGUACAUUUAACUGUGUAUUCUAUUUGGCUGUUUUGGCAGAAAGCAGCUUCAGCUUUAUCAAAUAUUCUACCAAAUGCUAUGCAUGCAAUAUAUCAUGCAUGAUAUAUGUAUGAAUAUAUCAUAAGUUCAGAAAGGAACAAUUAAAUGAAACUAUGCUAGCUUUAUUGAAAAUACAAAUUCUGCCAAAUAUCACACAUGCUUAAUAUAUGUUAACAGUAAAUAAUGCUUUGGGUUAUGUUAAGAUUCAUUGAGUUUUGAUUUAGAAUGUCUUUAUAAAGUUCACUUGAAAGUCCAACAGAAUUAAAUUAAGACAGAUUAGUGUUAUCUGUAAGAUAGAGAUACAAUUAAUUAAGCCAGAUUUAGCAACAUCAAAUGCAUACUUGACUUGCAAAUCACAAUUAUUAUGACUGCAUUCGGUUAGUUAAAAGUUAUUCUGAAAGUUGACAUUAUAAUUAAAACAUGAUUUGGGUUUUCAUUAUUUCAAAGUUUAAUCCUCGAUCUUGUUGCAUUGUUUUGUAAGAGUAUAGAGAGUGUGAUUAACUAUAACAUGGAUGAUGAUUUGUUGGCAAGACUUUGACUUUUAGACAUGAUAUGAGAGAUUUUUAUUCUUAACCAAUUUUUUUUUCAACUAUAGUAGUUUUACAUUCUAGAUGAAGUCAAGUAAAAACAAUCCGUCCAUUUGUGUUUUAUUUCUGAUUUAACAAUGGUUGCCAAAUAUUUUUGUGAUAUAGACAAAUAUGCAUUUUGAUUAUUAUUUUUAUACAUACAAUGUAGUGUUUAGUUUCUUCAGUUUAAUUGAGUGUGCAAGCUUUGUUCUAGUUUUCUUUUAUUUUUUGUUCCUGUUUCUUUUAUAAAACUGAUUUGAGCACAUUAGACCCCCAAAUGGAAAUCUACAAUUUUUGCACCAGAGGUUGUGCUUUGCAUGCUUUACUUACACCUCUGUCAACACGGGUUUGUGACAUGGUAAAAACAGCAAGGCAAGCUCAUGGUAUUAUUGAUUCAUUUCUCCGGUACAAUCAGCGUGAAGGAGGAUAUUAAUGUCGAAUACUUUGUGGGUGAGUUUUAAAACACCAUAGGAGAUAGCAUUGCUAAGUAAGCCCGUUGGUGCCAAGUCGAAAAAACAGCAAGGCAAGCUCAUGGUAUUAUUGAUUCAUUUCUCCGGUACAAUCAGCGUGAAGGAGGAUAUUAAUGUCGAAUACUUUGUGGGUGAGUUUUAAAACAUCAUAGGAGAUAACAUUGCUAAGUACAUGUAAGCCCGUUGGUGCCAAGUCGAAAAAAUAUUUUUGGCGGCUGCCACAUAGUUAUCUGGCUGCCACUACACAAUAUCUGAUGGCCACAACAUAGUUAUCUGGUGACGCUACAUAAUAUCUGGCAGCCGCCAAAUAAUAUAUUUGGCUUCCUGAUGCAUGCGUAUGUUUUAAUUGGAGCUAUUAGGGAGAGGUGGAUACACUUAAGCACACUUGUACUACACUAUUGUUGCAGGCCCACUAUCAUAGUAUAUGAUUUCGUAGACAAACUCAAGUAAUGAUAUAUGUAGAUUAGUGCAAAGUUGGUACAUUUUCGACGAAUGUUACAUUUAAAGUUACUUUGUGCUAAUUUGAUAUAAUCAUCGGUUUUUGCUGCUGUUUUGGUGGUGGUGGUGGGAGGGGGUUGGACACUUGCAUACAUGUAGCUCUGUAAAGGCCUUUAAUGAUUAAUCUCAAAUUAGAGGUUUUGAAAACGACUCCGUUGUUUCAAUCAUAAACAAAGUGGCCAACUCUUGUAAUUUAAAGCUGGCAUUAAACAAAAAGAAACAACAAACAACACUUUUUUAUUGAAAAUUUGAAGCUAAAUUGCUCCUGUCAGUCGCCGAUAACAGAAUGAAUAUAACAGGACACGUUCAUGCAGUGACUGCAUCAUGUUGUUUAUCUGACAGACGUGUUUUGUCUCAAAUAAACUUUAAGUAAUUAGAUCUGUAACUAACGGACCCCCCUCCCGACUUUCUGUACUUUGACCACAAUAAUGACUCCGUUUUAUCCCAAAAUUCACCUUGUUAGCGCUCUCAUGCCUACAAAUUUUGACGGAUUUACGUGAAAUUUAUACCAAAUGUUUAUAUCACUAAUACCUUGGUCAAGUUCCUAAAUCAGCCUUGGUCGAUACUAGUAUAGAUCUACUGCUUGACCGGCGGGGGACCCAGGAAUUCUAUUCUUGUUAAUUUACACAUGUGAUGAGAUGUGCCGAUUUCAGACCCACGGUGAAUAAUAAAUCCCUCAUUGCGAUAGAGACCGUGAUGAAUAAUUUUCUCUUUCCCUGUAAAGAGGUAUAGCGCACUUGAUAUACGAUUUGGCCUCAAAUAUAGGACUUUUGCAAAUAUCAGACAUUUUUGAAAGUAUAUAAUAUUUAGAUUAAAUAUAUUCAAAGAGGCGCAAAUAAGGCAAUUUCCAUGCUAGAAGAGUCUGAUUUAUCUUACAAGACAUCCUUAAAACAUUCAGGUUUUGUUAGGAAUAUAUAGGAAAGUAGUUAGUAAACGAUUUAAAAAAAAUGGAUAUUUGACUAUUUGAACCACUCUAAACCAAAGACAUCCGAUUAAAAUUAUGUUCUACAGGUAUUGUAGUACACGUUUACAUUGAAUUAAUUAUAGUUUAACGUGGUCUUCGUACUGAAAAUCAGACAAAUAUUUCAAUUAGUGUCUUUUCUAAUACAAUCAUGUACAUGUAUAUAGCCAUAUAUAUUGAAAAUGCAUCUACUGAUAAUGUAAGAUGCCUGGCUUAGUGGUAACGCGGAGGUCUUUUUGAUUUUGUGGUCGCUGGAUCAAGUAGUGAUUUUUUUCCACUUCAAUUGAAACAUGAACAUAAUAGAGAGAUUAAGUUACACGUAUCUAAUGGUCUGGGUUUUUUAAAAUUAUCUUGUUUAAUUCAAUCUGAGUAUGAGCAUAGCCAAUAUACACAGAUCUCUUCAUUAACACUACAUGUAUACAUGUACUCUAUUUACACUUAGAUCCAUUGCAUUCUGCUUGAGCUUGUCACGGUUCAGAAUAUCAACUACUGCUAUACACAGAGUUUCCCGAAUUUAUGACAAAUCAGUUGUUACAGACACCAUUAUAAAAUCAGUACAGUGUAUCCAGGUUUCGAAAAUCAUAUUGCGACAGCUAGGUACCUGAAAUCUAUUUUUAGUAACAGGUACUUUCCGUCCAAACACAUGAAAUGGAAAAAGGCGCUAUACCUCUUUACUGCUAUCAGUUUUUGUAUACCACGAGAGCGAUUUUUGAAAAAUUUAUUUGGAUUAAUAUCUAAGACCUUAAUAACACUCACUUUUUGGAAAAUGAUGGCGGCUUCCAAUUAAAUUAUGUGACAGUGGCCAUAUGAAUAAUGUUACGGUCGCAAGUUAUUAAGUGGCGGUCGCCAGAUAAUAUGUGUCGGCUGAUAGAUAAAAUAUUUUUUUUUAAGUUGCACCAACGGGCCUCCGUACAUUGCUGCCUUUUUGCACAAAAAUCAACGAUGGUUUGGAAGCAAGCAGAAACUGCUUUAUAAAACUUUUAACAUCUGGCAAACUUGUUCAUGAGAUCAGAUUUUAAUUUUUUCCUGUGCAAAACAGUUCUCCCAGUAACUUUGAAAUUGAAAGGGAUAAAGGUAUUGAAGAUUUCAAUUGAAUUGUUUAUAAUCAUAUUUAUAGAUAAAAGAAGUAAAUACAUCCAUUUCAAUUACAAUUUGCUCAUCAUUUCAGUUUGGACAAGAAUCUUGUACUUCAGGCAUUGACAGAGGUGAAGCUUGCAAAGCUCGACCUCUGGUGAGAGAAUUAGAAUUCUAUCAAAAAAUGUUGUUUAAUUCUAAUUUAAAAAUAAACCAAAUCAUGUUGUAUGUUUUAAUAUUGAAUUAUACAAGUGUGUGUGUGUGUGUGUGUGUGUGUGUGUGUGUGUACACGGUUGCUUUAUUUUAAAUGAUUCAGUGUUACCAAUACUUUGAAUCAUGAUGCUUCAAAUAUAAGUUGGUGGUUUAAACUGUUGAUAUCAAUACUGUUAUUCUUUUUAGGCAAAAAAGUGUAAUGCUAUAAGAUGAAUAUGCUUUAGUUGUAAUUAUUUGUGAUUUUCUUUUUAAAAAAUAGUAAGUGAAUGAAUAUGGAUAGAAAUAAAAUUAUUAAAAAAAAAAUUAACACUGACUUGAAAAGAAUUUACUUUUGUAAUGAUUAGAUAAUGCUUCACUCUCAUUCAUUAUAUCAGUAUAUUGAAAUCAGAAAUCUGAUGCAGUUAAAUGGUUAUUGCUCGACAUGUUCAUUUGCAUGGCCACCCAUCCCCCAUGUAUUACAUGUUAUUGGCCCUGGGGCCAUAAAACUUUACCUAGCACACUUUUGAUCUAAGUCUCACUUGUUUAUCAGAAAUAUACUCAGUAUGUAGUGGGAAAGUGAGACUGAGAUCAAAAGUGAACUUGUCUAGGUUUAAUGGCCAUGGGACCUAAUCACAAAAUAUCUCGACAGUCUACAAUUAAAUAAAAGUAUUUAAAAAUAAGUCUUACUUUUUUAUACCCCCGCAAAGGAAGAUUAGGGGGGUAUAUUGGAAUCACCUGAUCCGUCUGUCUGUAGGUAGACGCAAUUUUGUCC